AGAGAGAGAGAGAGAGAGAGAGAGAGAGGUAUAGUAGAGUUUACAGCUAAACAACAUCACUUGUGGAGAGCAGCUCCUCGCUCAGGAAUGGGACAGACUCGGAGAGGAGCUCUAUUUGGCUGUUGUGUUGUGUUUUUCACUGUUUCACCAAUGGACGCUGCUGAACUGUGUUGUGAGCGUGUAGCUGAAGAACAAGCUUCGUGAGAAACCGGAGCUGCUCGAGUCUCAGCCGUCGCCGAGAGCCCUGGCAGCACCAGCUGCAUACAGCAGAGCAGCCCGGACGCCAUGAUGGACGCUGACGCAAUGGUGCAGCCCUGCCAAAUGGACCGCAGCGGCAGCUUCUUUAAGCUCAUAGACACUUUCUCUACUGAGAUCUCAGAGCUGAAGCAGGAGAUGGUUCAAACAGCCAGAGACCCUGAUACUAAGCUCCUACAAGGGCUAGAGGGUGAGGUGAGCGGCCUGUUCCUGCAGUCGUCUGUCUGCACUGGUGCCGUGGGGGUCCGCGACUCGGGCUAUGACUCUUUGCGCCGGCGCAUGAGUGUUCUCGAUAGACUGACGCACACACACUCCGUCUGGCUGCUGCUUUCACUAAGCGAUGACGACGCAACUCGCAUUCUGGAGGCACAGCCGCCAGGGACCUUCCUGGUGAGGAGGUCAUCUAAGCUCCAGAAGAAGGUUAUUUCCCUGCGAAUGGACAGCGACAGUACCGCAUUGACUGUGAGGGACUUCCCAGUCAAAGAGAGCCAAUACACCUUCUCCCUAGAGGGCUCGGGGAUCAGCUUUGCAGACCUCUUUCGUCUGGUGGCUUUCUGCUGCAUAAGCAGGGACGUUCUUCCUUUCACUUUGAAGCUUCCUGAGGCCAUUUCUUCUGCAAAGACUCCUUCGGAUCUCGAGGAAGUUGCCAAGUUGGGAAUAGAGUUUUGGAACUCCGAGUUGUGCCAUAAGAAGAAGAGUUCUUUGUCUGAUGGAACUCCUCCAGACAAUACACCGCAGAGACUGAAGCAGGAGACGCCGAAGACAUCCCCCAAAGACGAGGUUCCACCCAUCCUGCGCACUCGCAGCCCGUCUCAGCUGGAGUGUAGCCAAUCUAAUGGAGCAUUGUGCUUCAUUAACCCUCUCUUCCUAAAGACGCAUCGCUCUGACACGACUCAACCUUCAUCUGUCUCUGACGACAAAAGCACCAGCUCCUUUCCACUUGACACAAGCAGCGCAAGCCCUCAAAACGGCACCGACGUCCUUUGUCGAGACGCUAACACAGAACAGGCUGGCAGAGCAAAGAGCACACCACGUUCCCCUCCACCACGUCCACCUCCACCUCGCACUAUCCCACGCAGACCAGCUCUGCCACGCAAGCAAAACAGCAUGCCCAGCACGGCCGUGAGCUGGAUCAAAACACCGCAGGAGAAAGGUGGCUUGCUGGGACGUCUUGGCUCCUCUUUUGGCUCCUUCUCACCCUCAUCUUCGCCCCCAAAGAAGAUCAGCUCGCCCAUCCCCACACCUUCAUCUCGCAACAAAAGAUCUCCCAACCUACCCGACGCAGAAGGCCAACGCUGCCACCUGGCACUGGAGGACGAAACCAUCGAGGAAGCUGUGUCGCUCAGUUUGGCCAAGCUGUCCUUGAGGAACGCAGCCUUGACAGAGAGCAGUGGCAGUCCCUCUGGACGGGAGCGCCUUAGUGACAUAAGCAUCUCCUCUACAUCUUCCGAUUCUCUGGACUUUAAUCACAGCUUCUCACUACCAGCAGCUGGCACAAGCCCCUCCAGAACCAACCGAGCAGGAGGUGACAGCAGCCCGGAAGAGGAGGAAGAGGAAGAGGAGGAGGAAGAGGAAGACUUUGGUGUGAGUGUAGAGAGUGACCAGGAGAUCAGCAUGGAACCACCCUUCAAAUCCAAGAAGCGGCACAGUGGUGGCGCCUUCGUGCUGCAGCGGGCGCUGAAGGGCCACCUCCGUAAGGUCAGUGGCGUCUUCAACUCGCUCAUGACCCCUGAGAAGAGGGCCAUCCGGAGGAUCUCAGAGCAAUCCCGGGACAAAGGCACUUACUUCGGCUGCCUGGUGCAGGACUAUGUAAGCUUCUUGCAGGAGAACCGUGGCUGCCACACCUCAGGACUGGACCUGCUGCAGACGCUCAGGCAGUUCAUGACUCAGAUGAAGUCCUACCUGCUGCAGAGCUCUGAGCUCGACCCUCCAAUCGAGUCUCUCAUCCCUGAGGACCAGAUUGAUCAGGUACUGGAGAAGGCCAUGCAUAAAUGUAUACUGAAGCCUCUGAAACCUGUGGUGGAAGCAGCUCUGCACGACUUCGAGAUGAGCAGUGGCGCCUGGCAGCAGCUGAAGGAGAAUUUGGCACUGGCCAAAACUAAGCAGCCAGCGGAGAUGGGUGUAGACGGAGCCAUGCCUCCGGACCCUAUGGCCAUAGAGAAGAUCCGACAUAAGUUUCAAAACAUGAGCAAGCUCUACUCACCAGAGAAGAAGGUGUCACUCCUGCUGCGUGUGUGCAAGCUCAUUUACACCAUCAUGGAAGACAAUUCAGGGAGAAUGUAUGGAGCAGAUGACUUCCUACCCAUGCUGACCUAUGUGUUGGCCCAGUGUGACAUGCCUCAGCUGGACACAGAGAUUCAGUAUAUGAUGGAGUUACUAGACCCUUCCCAACUGCAUGGAGAAGGUGGAUACUACUUGACUAGUGCGUAUGGAGCCAUGUCUCUCAUUAAGAACUUCCAGGAGGAGCAGGCUGCACGGGUGCUGAGCUCAGAAACCCGUAACACACUCCACCAGUGGCACAGAAGACGCACAGCCCAGCGCACCACACCAACUGUGGAUGACUUCCAGAACUACCUAAGAGUGGCGCUGCAGGAACCAGGCAGCGGCUGCACUGCCAAAACCCUGCAGGUGCGGCCGUACGCCACCACAGAGGAGGUGUGUCGGAAAUGUGCUGAAAAGUUUAAAGUCUCGGACCCGGACAGCUAUGCCUUGUUCCUGCUGACAGAAGAGACCACACAGCAGCUGGCCCCAGACACACACCCACAAAAGAUCAAAGCAGAGCUGCACAGUCGCCCACAGGUGCUGCCUUUUUACUUCGUCUAUCGGCGCAUCCAGAACCUCAACCUCACUGUCCCUGCAGAUCAACUCAACGGCAACUCCGUGCCUAACUGUGCCUGAAGCUGUCCGGAAGCUGCCGAUCAUCCGCUGCCUCUCCGGCUUUAAUGCAGUGUGUUUUUCCACACAAACACACAGCUACUGUGUUGUUUUUGAAGCGUUUGCGUUUGAAGGAAACGGAAAAUGUCUCUGAGCCGGGAGAAAAGGGGGAAGGAAGGACGUGUCUGACAGAUGCAGCAUUUUCUCCUGUCUUUUGUCUUGGUUAUUUCUGAAACAUGGCUUUUUGGGAAGUGGCACGCGACCGUGACAUGUGAGGGUAGCUACGUUUGUUUAUGCUACAGUGCUAAAACAAAAAUAGGUCUUAAAGUGUAAAGUUUACUGGUGCAGUAUAAAUGAGUAUGCUCAUGGUGGUUUCAGGCCUAUUCAGUAUCUUUUUGUCAGGAAAAUGUUCUGGGCAUUGCACUUUCUAUACUUUAUAAUUCAGUAGUGCCUGUUUUAACUAUGCUGAGAAAUACUGCAGUGCUUCAUACGAUUGCUCUCCCAUUAAGAGCAAGACCUAUACUGUGCAUGUGUUAAAUGGCCUGCCUGUUCAUACUCAAGAGUGGAUGGCUUGAGGAGGCUGCUCACCUCACCAUCUGCUUUCCGGCAUGUUCAGUAAGGCACGCUGUGCCUUUACCAUGGACAUAUAGGAAUGGAUAUUCAUAUCCAAUCUCCAGUUUCUUAUAAUUAUUAUGUUUUUUUAUACGUAGUGAAAAAGGUAUUUUGUAAUAUUGUUUUUUUUUUUGGCAGUUGCUGGUAAACUGCUUUCUUUUUUUAUAUCUAAAGUUAUUAGUAUAAUAUUGCAUGUGUUUAUUUGUUGGUAAGAAAAUAUCAAAUUAAGAACCAGGCGUUCUCGCCAGUGAUAUUUUAUCCUAUGUCUUUUAUUAUAAACAAAAUCAGUUAGCUCUGGUAGUCAAACUUUAGUCCACACAUUGUUGGUAUUCUUCUCCCUGUUUAUUUAUAAUGCAUUCCAGGAUGAAGAUCAAAUCAUGAGACCAAGUUAAAAAAAAAAAUAAAAUACUGUACUACUGGCAAGCUAAAAGCUUGUAUGUGAAUAUAUCUGAUCUUCAUCUCAGUUCGUAGUCUUCUGUGGCAAGUUUCUGUAAGUGUGCAAUGAGUUACAAUGGUUUUUGCAAGUAGGUGCAAUGGAGCAGGAGGUGGUAUGUAAGGGACACAAAGAAAAAGAUGCGAAGAUAGAAAAGAGGAGAAAAGGAAAAGAACGGAAUCACAUUAGGUUUUAGAAGAUCGUCACAAGUAUUUUUUUCAUGUUUCACUGUAAAAUAUAUGAUCAGGGAAUAAUGGGUUAAAUGGAGGCUUUUUUGUGUUUUUCAAAACUGUAAACAUACCUACAAAUAUAACAACUUACCAAGUGUGUGAUUUUCUUCUAAAAUGCUAUGGGUUUAUAUGUAUUGGUGUAAACUCAGGACAGAUUAGUUUAAAGAGUCAUACGAACACUGUCUGUCAAAUAUCACAUGACCAGAUCAGUGAAGUUAGCAGUCUAACAUUUUGUAGCAUUGAUAGAAAAACUUGCCUUCUCUGUCUGGAAACAUGUUAGCAGUGAAGUUAAAGUGUUAAAAUGUUUGAGUGUUUUUUGUUGUUAUUGUUUUGGAGGUCUAGGUUUGUAAUGUAAAUGUAAUUUUAACAAGAUAUUUGAAGUAUGUUAUGUAUAUAUUUAUAUGUGAUCUGUGCAGGGAUUUUCACAGAUUUUCUGAAAAAAAAAAGAAAACCUCAAUUCAGUUGUAUUAAAGUGUAUUUGUUUGCAAAUACUCCACUACUAGCACUCCAUUAAGAGUCAGUUUGUCAUAUGUUGCAUUUAUUCAUGAACAGUACUCUUUUGCACACAAUAAAUUGAGAAUAUAAAUC